GUGGCCAGAGGGGCCUAGGGUAUAGCCAGGGACAGGCAGACAUGUGGCUAGGGCUCCAGGUCCUGGACAGGGGCAGCCAGGUCCCGUGACGGGAGGAUCCGAGCCCCGGCCCGGGGAGGGGCCAUGGUGCUGCCUGCCCAACAUGUCAGCCGAGGUGCGGCUGAGGCGGCUCCAGCAGUUGGUGCUGGACCCCGGCUUCCUGGGGCUGGAGCCCCUGCUCGACCUUCUCCUGGGCGUCCACCAGGAGCUGGGCGCCUCCCACCUGGCCCAGGAAAAGUAUGUGGCCGACUUCCUGCAGUGGGCGGAGCCUAUUGCGACGAGGCUUAAGGAGGUUCGACUGCAGAGGGAUGACUUUGAGAUUCUGAAGGUGAUAGGGCGCGGGGCUUUCAGUGAGGUAGCGGUGGUGAAGAUGAAGCAGACGGGCCAGGUAUAUGCCAUGAAGAUUAUGAAUAAGUGGGACAUGUUGAAGAGAGGCGAGGUGUCGUGCUUCCGGGAAGAGAGGGAUGUGUUGGUGAACGGGGACCGGCGCUGGAUCACGCAGCUGCACUUUGCCUUCCAAGAUGAGAACUACCUGUACCUGGUCAUGGAGUACUACGUGGGUGGAGACCUCCUCACCCUGCUGAGCAAAUUUGGGGAGAGAAUCCCAGCGGAGAUGGCACGUUUCUACCUGGCUGAGAUCGUCAUGGCCAUAGACUCGGUGCACCAGCUGGGAUACGUGCACAGGGACAUCAAACCUGACAACAUUUUGCUGGACCGCUGUGGCCACAUCCGUCUCGCUGACUUUGGCUCUUGCCUGAAGCUCCGGGAGGACGGAACGGUGCGGUCGCUGGUGGCCGUGGGCACUCCAGACUACCUGUCUCCUGAGAUCCUGCACGCCGUCGGUGGCGGGCCCGGGAUAGGCAGCUACGGGCCCGAGUGUGACUGGUGGGCUCUGGGCGUGUUCGCCUACGAAAUGUUCUACGGGCAGACGCCCUUCUACGCGGACUCCACGGCCGAGACCUACGCCAAGAUCGUGCACUACAAGGAGCACCUGUCUCUGCCCCUGGCAGACACGGGGGUCCCCGAGGAGGCUCGCGACCUCAUCCAGGGGCUGCUGUGUCCCGCCGAGAUACGGCUGGGCCGGGGAGGAGCCGAGGAUUUCCGGAAGCACCCUUUCUUCCUUGGCCUGGACUGGGAGGGUCUCGGAGACAGCAUACCCCCCUUUGCACCAGACUUCGAGGGUGCCACGGAUACGUGCAACUUCGACGUGGUAGAGGACGGGCUCACUGCCAUGGUGAGCGGGGGCGGGGAAACACUGUCAGACAUGCAGGAGGACAUGCCGCUUGGGGUUCAUCUGCCUUUUGUGGGCUACUCCUAUUCCUGCACGGCCCUCAGGGACGCCGAGCUUCCAGACCCCACCCCCAUGGAGCUGGAGGCCCCGAGGCUGCUUGAGCCCCAUGUGCAAGUGCCCAGUGCCGAGGCACCAGUGUCCCCACCAGAGGAGGUGGCCGAAGAAGCUGAUCCAGAGGCUGUCCCGGCCACUGCCGAGGCUGAGACUGAGGUGACGCUGCGGGAGCUCCAGGAGGCCCUGGAGGAGGAGGUGCGCACCCGGCAGAGCCUGAGCCGCGAGCUGGAGGCCAUCCGCACCGCCAACCAGAACUUCGCCAGUCAACUGCGGGAGGCCCAGGCCCGGAACCGAGACUUGGAGGCGCACGUUCGGCAGCUGCAGGAGCGGAUGGAGCUGCUGCAGGCCCCGGGAGCCGCAGCUGUCACGGGGGUCCCCAGUCCCCGGGCCACGGAUGCACCUUCCCAUCUAGAUGGCCCCCCGGCCGUGGCUCUGGGCCAGUGCCCGCUGGUGGGGCCAGGCCCCAUGCACCGCCGCCACCUGCUGCUCCCUGCCAGGGUCCCUAGGCCUGGCCUAUCCGAGGCGCGUCGCCUGCUCCUGCUCGCCGCUGCUCUGGCUGGUGCCGCCACCCUGGGCUGCGCUGGGCUGGUGGCCUGCGCCGGCCAUCCCGCCCCAGCCUGGUGUCUCCCGGGAGCCGCCUUCGCCCCCUGAACCCUAGAACCCCAGGCUGUCCUCCACUCGGGCCUCUUCGGAAAGUUGAGAGACCCGGGCAUGGCCCAGGAGCCUCCCAGGCCCCAGCGCUGGGAGCGCGGGUGUCGCUCAGCUCCGCGCCUGUGAUCCGGACCCGCCCCCUGGCGGCCGGGGAGGGAGGA